AUGAGCCGCGAUGGUGAUCCAGGUCAAGUGGCCGAGAACGAUGUCCAAAGCCCCUCCACUGCUGGCCCUAGCGCGGGUUUUCAACACCAGGUGCCGGGUAUCAUUUACGAACCCUACUCGCUCGACAAGGAGCACGAGUAUCUCCCGCAGAUCCGCGAGCUGAUCUCGAAAGAUCUGUCCGAACCCUACAGUAUCUAUGUCUACCGAUACUUCCUCUACCAAUGGGCAGAGCUUUGCUUCAUGGCCCUCGAUGAGACCAACAACCGCAAAAUGGUCGGAGUAGUCAUAUGCAAGUUGGAGGCGCACCGAGGAGGUCCACUUCGCGGCUACAUCGCCAUGUUGGCGACGAGAGAAGGCUACCGUGGCAAAGGCAUUGCCAUCACAUUGGUGAGCAAAGCAAUCGACCUCAUGAUCGAAAAAGAUGCGGACGAGAUCGCCCUGGAGACAGAAGAAACGAACACAGCGGCGAUGAAGCUAUACGAGAAGCUGGGAUUCCUGAGAAGUAAGAAGCUGCACCGGUACUACUUGAACGGUAACAGUGCUUAUCGUCUGCUUCUAUACCUCAAAGAAGGCGUAGGGAGUAUGCAGCCUGGCUACGAUCCGUAUGGGGAUGUACCACCAAGCGCAGAAGAUGCCGACGAAUUGUCGACGGCCUUGGGACUUUUGAGUCGAGGUAUCGUAUGA